AUGCUCGACGCCGACAACGCGUCCACGCGCGCGCGCGCCUUCGAACGCGGCGCGACGCUCCAGCCCGAAUACGAUUCGUUCUCUUGGCUCAAGACUGCGCUCCUCGCGACGCCUCGCGCGCGCGGCUUGCGCGCGUUCGCCUGGCCCUGGCUCUGUAUCAACGGCGUGAGCGUGUUGUGGACGUCGCUCUACGAGCUCGCGCUGCCCAAGCGGACGUCGUCGCUCGGAAGCUUCGGCAUGGUGUACCAGCUCGUGUUCUCGACGAUGGGAUUUCUGUUGGUUUUUCGGUUGAGCCGAGCGGCGGUGCGGUUCUGGGAUUGCCGCGCGGCGUUCGGGAACUUUAACGUCGGCGUGCGAAGGCUCGUGGACGUGGCGCUGGUGCACGGGAAAGGACGAGACGCGCGGGCGCUGGAUGAUGUGUGCGCGUGGGCGUGCGCGUUCGUCGUGGCGAGUAAACAGUUUUUGCGAGGCGUGAAGACGAUUUCGGCGGAGGAGGUGAUGGGGAUUCUGAGCGACGAUGACCGGAAGCGAGUGGAGAACGCGAGACAUCCGCCGUUGUAUUGCGCGUCGAUGCUCAGACGGGCGAUUCAUCGCGCGUUCGGGGUGGAUGAGAAAGGCGGGACGACGAGCGAUACGAUUCGACUCGAGUCGCGCUUGCGGCAGUUGCACGAGCAGUGUGAUUUUUUAAUCACCAACGAGGGCGCGUUAGAGCGAUUGCGAGGGACCAAGUUGCCGAUGAUCUACGUGAUGCAUUUGAGAACGUUUUUAAUGGCGUAUUGCGUCUCUAUGCCGUUCGUGUUCGUAAACCAGUGGCGCUGGGGGACAAUCGUCGCCGUCGCCGUCGUGUCCUUCGCGCUGUUGGGCAUCGAGGGCGCGGCGACGGAGUGCGAGAUUCCAUUCUCUGCCGACCACGCGAAUCACUUGCGGAUGGAUCAGUACGCGCAAGCGUGUCUUUUGAGCGUUGGUGCGUACUUGGCGUGGAACGAGCGGCUCGAGGGAGCAAACGAUUUCGGUCAUCGCGAGGGCAACGUCUCGUGCGCGUCGCUCGAAGAUUUAGUCAUCGACGUCGAUACGAACGUCUAG